AAUAAAAGUCUGCAGUCGGUGCCGCAGGGACAGAGGUUGCCUGGUCCGACACGGGGAAGAACCAGUCUGGUUGGGACGAUCAUGAAAUUCCUGUUGUGCAUCUCUCUGCUGUUUCUCGCUGCUCAACCGUCGGAAUCUGCCUGCUAUCUUCAGCAAAAGAACGCCACCGCCAAGUGCAUUGACCCAUACGACGGGGCGGUGUACGCAGUGGGAGAAUCAUGGAUCAAUCCCGUCUGUGUGAGGUGUUCGUGCGGUGAGGGCACUGUCGGUUGCUGUGACGUGUACUCCACGCCACGAGGGUAUUCAGAAGAUUGUGAUAAACUGUUCAAUCCUCUAACUUGUCAGUUUCGAGUAUACAGGAGGGACGACCCGUCUAUUGAAUGUCCUGUGCAUGGAGGAGUUGGGAAAUGAGCUGAAAUAAAUAGGCAGCUCCCUUGCAAUGUAGAGACCAUCAUCAAUAUGAUAUCGGUGACUUAUCUCCUGAAUGUAAUGUCUGCCUCAUAUUAAACAGAUUCCUCAGUUAUUCUGCAA